UUUUUUCUUCUGGAAGUCAACCGGAGUAAAAAGGAGCAAGUAUUUUUGGCUUCUGUUUACUCCGGAGUGACUUCCGUGUACUGGAACAAACCUAAUAAUUAUCUCAAAUCUUAAUGUACAGUUAACAAGAAAUCAAAUAAUACGUCUUUCGUAUAGUUGUAGUGAUAUCAAAUAUUUGUAUUUGGCGAUACAUACUUUGUUACCAUAGCGCGUUGUUAUCGCAUUCUGCUUUGUUUUUCUUCAGCUUUGUUAUCACCAAUAGAGCUCCUAUAUUUUCUGAUGCACUGAUAGGACUUCAAAACACUAGUGUACUUGCAGUCACCUCAACAUGUCACAGAAUCAGGAUACGGUUAGUCUACCGGAUUUGUCGAUCAAAAAUUAUACUUCGCAUCGAAAUCGCUCAAUUAAUUACUCUUUGCAACUAACGGGAUACACACAGAUGAUCCGACAGGUAAGCACCAUGGCAGUGCUGGAUGCUAACAUGGUAGUGCUCCUGGAGGCAUUAACCGACUUGCUAGCAGAUAGCAAAUUUGCUCGUUUUCAGAGGGCAAAUGAAGACGAAGCUGAUUUUAAUGGCCAUGAUGUGCGUAUGGUUAUCACAUGUCGAUUCUGCAACUGGAAUGCACCCAAUGCGCUUCAGCUGCUGCUUCAUCUCAUGAAUGAAAUUCAUUCCAGAAGAUCGAAAAAGUACUUACGGAUGCACCUAAAUGCUAGUCCUAACUACCAAAUGUUCAUGGCUCAAGAGUGCGUUAUUUUGGAAAAACAUGGGUUUCCUCCGGCGGCGUUGGCUUGUAUACUUGAUUUUUAUUUCGUGACGAACUCAUUUCUGCGAAUGACAUCCCGGUACUUGAAAUCACUGCAUGUGCUUGAAUGUCACCCGUCGACUAUCAUUGCCAGUGGAGUUAGCGAAUUGCUAACACAAAUAGAUACGCUCGUCUCCACAGCCCGAUGCGUUGAAUCGAUAUCGGAAUACAAUUCGCAGCUGAUGACCCACAGAUCUUGGGAUAUUCGGUUCCUGUUUGAAAAUAACAUUUAUGAAUCUACUGUGCAAAUUAUGGAAAAGAUGGAGUUCAAUAAAGGAAUGGAUAACAUCCACGCUCUUCGAAAUAUAUUCUCGCUGCCUUCAACAAGAUUCAACGUUUUGCCACCGGCAAGAUAUCUAGGACCAGGAUUAAUGAUGAAUGAGCCCACCAGCAAUGUUUCCAACCAGCAAUCACUCCCUCAAAACAUAGCCCCAUUCAGAACUCUUCCGCCGCUUCGUAUGAUACCACCUCCAGCUUCUCAACCGCAAAUGCAUCGUAUGUACACGCCAAUAUUGCCAUUGUUAGGCAGUGUUCCACAUAUUCAACCAAUCCGAAUGAAUCUGGCCAAUUCAACGAACAAUGCACCGCUACAGAAUGGAGUACAGCAAAUAUAUAAUUCAAAUCAACAUCAUCUGCCCGGUCCUUGCCAACAACCAAGUCCGCAGCAACAACCGCCUGCUUUCCGACCACAAGCCAUGCUGAACAGUCUUCCGCCCAUGUUCGACGCCUCGCAACUGCCACCUUUGAUCAUGAACAAUCCAAUCUUCGAUGAACAAUUUAAGCGGUUUUUGAAAGAACCGAAUCUUGAGGAUUUAAUUGAAAAUGGAAACAUUCUUAGGGACUUCCAAUCAUCGAGCUUGAUUCCAUCUGAAAUCUGUCUUGCACUGAAAGUGGUUGCCCCAGACGUUAAGGUUAGCUGUUUCGGUGCAAAAGUCUCCGGAGUGGGUUACGAGGAAGAUCACCUUAACCUAUUCGUAAAUGAUGGAACUCAAACAAAAACCAUUGCCUUCAUUGAGGUUUUAUUUACUAAAUUGUGUGAGUUUUUUGAAACAAACAGCGACGAUUGGAUGAUUGAGAAUAAAGACCUUUCAGGUCUUGACUCAAAUUUAACGGUUAAAAAUCACUGUGAGAAUGUGUGUUGUAGAAUUUCAUUCGACAGUGAAAUUUACUACUGCAACUCUCAGUUGAUACAGUAUUAUAUGCGAACAUUUCCAGUUGCUCAGAAGCUUUGUUACUACGUGCAGGAGUUUACAAAGUUGGUGGACCUGAAUUUUACCCGCUAUCUAAUUAUUGUACUGGUCGUGUUUUUCCUUCAAAUUCGCGGUUGUCUUCCAACGGUCGAUCAGCUGCAGGCAAAUAUGCUCGAGCAGAAAAUGCAUCACGGUUGGCUUAUUAACUUUACCCCGAAACAACGGACAGAACUGAAAGUGAAAGACUGCGAGUCGGAUCUGCGUAAAUGCGCUACCGAUUUCUUCAAUUUUUACGGAAAUCAAUUUUCCUUUGCCGACUCAGUUGUCUGCCCCCAGGAGGGAAUGGCCGUUAACCGAGCGGAUUUUACCCUCACCAACGAAUGGAGGAUGCCGUUGAAACGAUACAGAGCCUAUCUGGAAACGGUACGUGCUGCAAAGAAUGAAACUGACGAUCUGCUACCGUGUUUUAAUGCGAUGGCACCGAUGUGCGUGCAGGAUUUACUGCAACUCACGAUGAACGUUGCAGGAACAGUCAGCCUUCAAGACACUAAUCGGUUUGUACGGUUCUGUCGGAUGGCCUACCAACACUACAACAACAAUCAAUGAUUCGGUUUCGUUCCUGUUGUAUGUUAGAGCACACUUUUGUUUUAGUUUUUAUUGUUUUUACAACUGUGACUCCUGGAAGCCAAAAUUAAAUUUCCAUGACUGUUAUAGAAUUAUUGGAAAUGUUCAUGUUUUAUAGAUUUAGCACUGCAGUUGAAAUACAUGCUUUGAUCGAAGGAAUAUUUUCGAAAGUACCAAUGUUUUCGGAUAAUCUGAAAAUACAAGUGAUAUUUUUUAAA